AAAAAAAGAAAAAUGAAAAAAAAGAAGAAAAUACUACUAAAUUAUCACAAUGAAUAUAUUGUCAGCAUUUAAAAAUGAAGAAAACUUUUAUCAAUAUCAUAAAAGAAUCGAGAUAAAGGCAUUACAAUUAUAUUUUCAACGGGUUAAUCGGACAUUAUACCCAAUAUUCAAAUUUCGCGAAUGUGUCAACAUUCCCAAAAAGCAAAUUAAUUUUUUUUUUUUUUUUUUUUAAUAUUUUUUUGUCCAAUUUGGAUAAGAAAUUUCCUCCAUAUAUUAAUUAAGUUGCUCUGGCAAAUGGGCAGAGCUGGAGUUGUUUUUCUGUGUAAAUACAUAAACAUAAUUGGAUGCUAGAUUUCCGAUAGUCGCCGGUAUGAAUUAAUUGAAUCCAGAUGUAUUAUGAAUAAAAUUGUAUGUUUUAGGCUGUUAAACAUAUACGAGUACUUGUACGCAUUAUAUGAAAGAAAGUAAGAAAAACAAAUAACAAAUAACAAAAAACGAAACAAAACAAAACAAAACAAAACAAAAAAAAUAACGGACACUGACGGCACGCCUGUUGUCUUGGCCAUGUACAUACAUAUUGAAGUAUUAUUUAAACCAUUGGCUUUAUACUAAGCAGAUUGAUUCUGAAAGAGUAUAUAGUUUUAACAACAACAACAACAACAACAAGAACAAGAAGAACAUGUACACUAGGAAAGUAUUGCCAAUGCUUAAGAGGAGCAACCUGUAUGCAUUAUGAUCCUUUUAUGCGGGCCAAUUAACUCAGUUAUAUAUAUACACACACACACACCCACACACCUACACACACACCUACACACACACACACACGUAUACACUGACACACACACACAUAUAUGUAUGUAUAUGUAUAUAUAUAUGUAUAUACGAUAGAGUAAAUUAUGCUUUUUUGAUAUCGUACGUUUGCACAAGCCUGCAAACCGUGCAAAAUCUCUUGAUGUGGGGCAUACUUCGAUAUGUGGCAUGAUGUAUCAAUAAAUUAAUAAAAUAUAAAUAAAUAAAUAUAUAUAACGAGCGAGAUCUGGGAAAAAACACACACAUAUAUAUAUAUAUAUAUAUAUAUAUAAGAUACGAUACGAAAUAUGUUGAAAUCCGAAAUUAUCGAGAGACUUCCUAAGCAAACCAACAAGAAUCGUACACAUUAUUAGGACUAGUAUGGAUACAUAUUAGAUAGAAUAUGGCGUGACAAAUCGAUUCACAUACGAGAGAACACAAGAACCGCAUAUGCAUGCAUAUUCGUAGCAUUAUAAUAUGUUACCGCUUUAUUAAGAAUACCGUACACCUGAUAUGAUGGUCACGUUAUAUGUAUACCUCAAAUGUAUGUACAGUUAUUAUUUUCUUUUUUUUUUUGUUUUGCCAGAGAACAACUCGCCACCGAGAUGAUAUUCGUAGAAGUGUAGAGAAUAUUUACAUAGAUAUAUUUUAAUUUUCGAUUAAACAGUAACUCCUUACAUUAUUUACUAUGACAAUUCCAGUUCCCCGUGCUUGUUAUAAGAAAGUAAACUAAUACAAAUAAACUUUUAGAAAAGUGA